AAAAAUGUACAAACAAACACCGUCGUCUUAUCCUGAAAGUCGGUGCCAUGACCGACAUAGCACAGCACGUCUGACGUAAAAAGCUUUCUGAUAUGGCAUCAGCAUAUGAUACAGAAGACAGACACUCGCAUGUUUACUCUUGUUGGUGUUUUAUCCAACGAAGCUUUUGCACAAAAAAAUCUUACACGCACGCUCGCUUGCACUAAGGGCGGUUACGACCUUCUAUACUAGUAUUAUCAAGUCUUACACUCUUACAUUAAACUUAAAGUGCAUGCAGCACUGCACAGUGCAAACAGCUUCGGUGCUCGUCCCGGGAUCUCACAAAUUCCCAUUGUCGUGGACUCGUGCGCCAGUCCUAAACAUCACGGCUGAUCUAAUCCUCCUGGAGGGAUUAGGUGAUGUUUAGGUGUGCGCCAGAGAAAAAGGAGCAAAACAAGGGGGAUUUAAGUUACUAGUUUAGCCCACGCUAACCACGCCCUCCGAAUCUAACAUGCACAUCGCACACCUGUGCAUGUGGGGACGAAUGUGCAUAUUUGCUGAUUCAACAAAAAGUCAGUCGACCUAUUGAAAACAAGUUUCGCCGUUUCAAUCGUAUAACGGCUAAAAAUUUAUUCUCGGAUCAGCGUCGUACGAAUUUCUCGCUGCUGCAUAUCAUUUAAGUACUCAAUUUAUUGCACUCAAUAACGGCGGAAUCUUGAGCGAGAAAUUUGCUAGGAACUGAAUGUUGUUAGGGAAGACGGUCGAAGUUCCAACGGCGGAGCACUCCGUUGCAACAGGUAUUGGAGCAACAGUCAACAGGCUUCAGUUUCACCGGAUGUAAUUCAGAUCUGUUUUUUGUAAUUCAGUUUCACGAAAACUGACUAUGCGGUUCAGUUUGAAUAUUCGAUUCAUUGGAUUGCCCCAGGAGUUCUCGAAGUGAUUGAAGUGCGGAAGGUGAAAAGUGGACAGCUUGAGUGGGGACAGCGUUGGCUAUAUUCAAACCUUGCAGAAUUAGCUAUUAUUUGGAUUGAUGAGCAUAUUAUUCUGCUCAUCAGUUGAGUGAUUGUAUGCCCACUUUACCACUUAUCUAUUAAUUGUUCGAUUGGGUCCAUCCGUGUCGGACUCGUUCCACGCUUUGCGGGCCUGAGCUGGCAUAAAAAAUGGGUUGUGCCCAAAGUAUCGAAGAUAAACAAGCCGUGGAGAAAAGCAGACAGAUCGAUCGGGGAAUACGGGCGGAUGAAGUACGUCGCAAUCGAGAAGUUAAACUGUUGCUUCUCGGUGCUGGUGAAUCAGGGAAGAGCACGAUUGUCAAGCAGAUGAAAAUUAUUCACGAUCACGGCUAUGGCGAGUCGGAAUGUCUCAAUUACAAAGGCGUCGUGUACAAUAAUACGAUUCAGUCUUUAAUGGCCAUCAUUCGGGCAAUGGGUCAGUUGCGUAUUGAUUUUGCUGAACGCCAGCGAUCGGAAGAUGCGCGGCUGUUUUUCUCCAUGUGUCUGCAGCUUCAGGAUGGCGAAAUGACACCGGAAUUAGCCAUGACUAUGAAGCGAUUGUGGUUAGAUCGCGGUGUACAGGAAUGCUAUUCGCGUAGUCAAGAAUAUCAGCUGAACGAUUCAGCCAGUUAUUAUCUGAAUUCCUUGGACCGAUUAGCCAAUCCGGCGUACAUUCCCACCCAACAGGAUGUGCUUCGCACACGAGUGAAAACUACCGGGAUUAUCGAAACUCAUUUUGAAUUUAAAGGAGUUAGUUUCAAACUCUUUGAUGUCGGCGGGCAGCGAUCAGAACGCAAAAAAUGGAUACACUGUUUUGAAGGAGUAACCGCUAUCAUCUUUUGUGUAGCCAUGAAUUGCUAUGAUAUGAAGCUACAGGAAGAUGAAACGGUCAAUCGGAUGUUUGAGUCGAUGAAACUGUUCGACUCCAUCUGCAAUAAUCGCUGGUUUAUUGAAACUUCCAUCAUUCUGUUUUUGAACAAGAAAGACUUAUUCGAAGAAAAAAUUCACCGCUCACCUCUGACGGUGUGUUUUCCGGAGUACCAUGGAGGAAAUAGCUAUGAAGAGGCUUCUGCAUACAUUCAAAUGCGCUUUGAAUUGCUUAACCACAAUCCUGACAAAGAGAUCUACUCUCAUUUUACGUGUGCCACCGAUACGAAUAAUAUGGAAUUCGUCUUCGAUUCCGUAACCGAUGUUAUCAUUAAAAAUCAGCUGAAGGACGUGGGGCUGUACUGAAAAGUUGUCAGCGAAAAUCGGUUUUCUGCAUCUCAGUCUACAAACAUGUCAUGGCUAUUGGCUGUAUUAAUAAUUAAUGGUGUCGCUGUUCUUCGUUGUUAUUUAUGUACCUGGUUGUGACACAUUACAGUUGUGCUGGUAUUCUCGUGUUCCUAAUUUUGUUAACAGAAAUCUCUUCAAGGAUCAUCUCUGUAAUAUUUAUAAUUACCAUGACUUGCGCUAGCAGUGUGAGUCGUCUCUUUUUGUGGGUUAUAAUCAGUUGAUAACUUGAGCAACUGCAUUGCUGGUUUGGUAGUAAUGGUUUAUGGUUUGGUGUUACUAGUUAUUACAAUUUAGUUUUGACUCACGUCUUCUUAAAAUAAAAUACGCAA